CAAAGUUCGACGAUCUGAAAAGCGUGGGUGUGUCGUGAUUUGUCUCGCGAUGGAAACAGAAUGCAAAUCGCAGGAUCAGGAUAAUCUCUACGAAGCUUACAACGCGGAGCAAACGGAAACCAAUCUUCCGAGUCUUGAUGCGUUGUUAGCGGAUUUACAAAACACGGUGUCAUCGGAGGGCAAUCAUGUCGGUAGUAAUGCAACUCCUGGUUACGGAUCAUUGAACGGGGCACGAACCACUGCAUACAGAUCCUACGAUAAUCGAACUUCCCCUCUUCCCUCACAAUCGCCGACUUAUCAAAACCGAGAAGCAAUAGAGGAGAGCAUCGCUAGAAGCAGCAGCGGAGGGAAGAUGCCGUCUCUGAACAACAAUCUUUCAGAGUUGGACACUCUUCUCCAAGAUUUAAGUAACGCUCGCUACAACGCCCACUAUCAGGAAAGAGAGACCCGCGUAUCCUCCGCAGGAAUAAACGGAGACUCUAGUCCGAUGCUUCGUUCUCCGAGCAGUAUGUCAGCCUCCAGACCCACCGUCGAUUCCUUACUCGAGGAAUUAAGCACCGCGGUACCGAACGGGGAUUAUCCGACGGAUGGAAAGGUGAAAGUGACCAUACAGGAGACGUCGACGGAGAUUCAACCUGUGUACGAUGGUUAUCCUUCCAGAGUACAUGGUUCGUUGAAUCGUAGCGAGGUGCAAAGGGGAUACACGAAUGGUCACACGGCUAGCAACGCUACCAAGGAACUGGACGACUUAAUGGCUUCUCUGUCCGAAUUCAAGAUCAACAGCGGAUCCCAUCAGCACCAGACGGUGACAGACUCUCCGUACGCGAAGCCGAACAAAGCGACGAAGAGUUCGCAGAGCCCGCAGCCACCCGAAGGCGCGCAAACUCGAAUUCAUAUCACAGAGACCCACGCGACGCAUCAUUAUCAGCAGCAACACGGGGAGCCGUAUCCAAGCCAGCCAGCGGCUCAGACGAAACAGAAUCAGUUGGAUUCUAUGCUAGGAAACCUACAAGCAGACAUGAGCCGUCAAGGUGUGAACACUACUCAGAAGGGCUGCUGCAGCGCCUGCGAGAAGCCUAUCGUCGGACAAGUGAUCACCGCGCUAGGAAAGACCUGGCACCCGGAACACUUCACUUGCACCCACUGCAAUCAGGAAUUAGGAACACGGAACUUCUUCGAGAGGGAGGGACACCCGUACUGCGAGCCGGAUUAUCAUAAUCUAUUCUCGCCUCGUUGUGCCUACUGUAACGGUCCCAUUCUGGACAAAUGCGUAACCGCUCUGGAAAAAACUUGGCACACCGAGCACUUCUUCUGCGCUCAGUGUGGCAAACAAUUCGGCGAGGAGGGAUUCCACGAGCGGGACGGCAAGCCUUACUGCAGAGAGGAUUACUUUGACAUGUUCGCACCGAAAUGCGGCGGCUGCAAUCGUGCCAUCAUGGAGAAUUACAUAUCCGCCCUGAACAGUCAGUGGCACCCGGAUUGUUUCGUUUGCAGGGAUUGUAAGAAGCCAGUUUCUGGAAAGUCGUUUUAUGCUAUGGAGGGCAAACCCGUUUGCCCGAAAUGCGUUGGCGUCGAUGACGACGAAGAAGAAGAAGAAGAAGAAGAUUGUAGACAAAAGUUUCAAGGAGGGUCAUUCUUUGAUCACGAAGGUUUACCUUACUGCGAGACCCAUUAUCAUGCUAAGAGGGGAUCCUUGUGUGCAGGAUGUCAUAAACCGAUUACAGGUCGUUGCAUAACUGCAAUGUUCCGGAAAUUCCAUCCAGAACAUUUUGUAUGCGCGUUUUGCUUGAAACAAUUGAACAAAGGUACAUUCAAAGAACAGAAUGAUAAACCUUAUUGCCAUGGAUGUUUCGACAAACUGUUCGGCUAAGGUUUUACCGGAAAGUAUUUGUAUUUCUAAUACAUAUAACAACGAACGAGCUGUUUCGCUUGGUAUUACUUACCGUUUUAUAGACAGCAGUACGUCUAUAUCUAUAGGGCAUGUAAUCGUUUUAGUCGUUAUGCAAAAGUACGUGUAAUUUCACGAUCCAAGCUUAUUGAUUACGAAUCGAAACAGCCUUUAGAAAUUUUUACAGAUCUUAACAUUGAAUAUGGUGCAACAAUUCAAUUAUCAUGUAUCGACAUCUUAUCCCAACGAUAAGGUAAUAGAUUAUUUACAGUCAUCGUUAUCUUCCAUUGUCCUUAAUAAGGACUCGUUGCUAAUAUUUUCAUGCAUAUUUUGUAUUAUGUACUUUAAUCAUUGACCAUACAGUUUAAGGAAUAAUAAAAGGUGCUAACUCGUAGCUUACUUUUACUAAUAAUGUAUUUGUUAAGAGAUUACAUAUACAAGGUAUUUGGCUAUAGGUUGGCAUCGUUUGAGCAACUUUUUCCUUUACCAAAAUGCUGAUUGAGGCAUAGUUUUUGAAUUAUUAAUGAAAAAUACCCCGCAAUCAGAGCGCGCAUAGUGCGCAGGCGCGAUCUCGUUAGUGCGCAGGCGCGACCUCGGUAGUGUCAGCUAUGAACUAACGCACCGAAUAGUUUGUCCGUGACCAAAAUGGCGGGAGCGGUUGUCGUAUCGUCGUAUCUUACACUCCUGCAACUGAGCCUACGCAUUUUAAUUAAUAAUUCAAAAACUAAGUCUUAACGAGGGUCAAAAGAUGCUCACCUGUAACCAAACACCUUGUAAGUACAUUCGAGUAUGACAGCUGCCACUUGAAAAACAUUUAUGUGUGAAAUUUGGUAUGUUGUCAAAUAUGAAACAAUUCUUAUAUUAAAUUUGAUACAAAA